AUGCCCAUCAUUUUGCUGUCAGUCGAAGAGCUGCAGGACUUCUCGGCCUUGGUCCUAGACGAGUUCUGCACAGUGGUUGUGGUUCUUUUCCUUGACCGUGUGGGCCGUGACUGCGUUGGUUCUUUUGGAGGUGCCCAAUUUGUGUCUCCGAUUCGCUGCCUCAUGUCGGUCUCUGUGGAUAUUCCUGGACAUGGUCACUUUGAUAUCAAACUGACUGCUUCGAGCACCGCUGCUGACAUUAUUUUACUGCUACGUGAGCGUUUGCCAGACAGCCCAUGGCAUGGGAACAAGUUGCUGUCAAGUGGGGUCUGCCAGCUACAGUGCGAUGACAUUGUGGAGGCAACCCGCCACAGCACUUUAGUCUUGACAAACUACUCAAUCUGUGAGGAGCCUGUUUGUAAGUUUCUGGCCUGCUUGGAGCAGCAUGCUCUGGUGCGAGAACUCUCAAGCAGUACAUUCUAUUGGGUCUGUGCAUAUGCCAACAACCAGCACUGCGUGGAAGAGGAUAUCAAAAGCAACCCACGCAGCACUUCAUUCUACAGAGCUAUGCAGAUGUCUGAGGGAGUUCUUUUGGUGCUGGAUUCAGCUGGAACGUAUUCGCCCUGUUUGCUUGUAAUGAUCAUUGCUCUAUUGCUUUCAACGCACUUCUACCCGAUUCACACGGCUGAUUUCGGAUGCUUUCCGUGCCGCUGUCACCAAAAGGAUCAUGGUGCAAAGCACCUUGCGAGUUGCAGCCUUAUAGGCAUUCUUCGCCUCAAAGAUGUGAGCUUGAGUGAGCAGGACAUCACAAGUGUUGCAGAGGAUGCCUUCACUUCUUCACGGAGUUUGCAACGGUUAUCGCUCUCUGGCAAUCGGUUGUCAUUUUUACCUGAGAAGGUGUUCGCUCCUUUGGACAGCCUGCAACUCUUUGACCUGGGCCGCUUGGGUUUGCAACAGGUGGAGUCAGACACAUUUGCUGGGUUGUCAAGUUUGAGAAUCUUGUCCCUCAGCCAAAAUCGUUUGAACGCAUUGCCAAAAGACUUGCUGCGCCCCAUGCCAGCCCUGCAGCAAUUGUUGCUGGGGGGUAAAUCUGAUGAGAGGGGCCAUCGCAUCGUUGAUGGAAACGAGCUGAGCAUACUCCCGCAAGAGCUUUUGCAGCACAGCCCGCGGCUACAAGUUCUCGAUCUGAGCGAAAACGACAAGUUGACCUCGCUGCCAAAUCACAUCUUUGAUAAGACUCCUUUGCUGCAGGCCCUCGACCUUGCCUCAAACAAGCUGACUGAAUUGCCAGGCAAAAUCUUUUCAGGGCUCAGCAAACUCCAGAAGCUGGACCUGAGUCGGAACACUCUCAGUGAGCUACCUGCCGAAGUCUUUUCCGGGCUCGGCAAGCUCCAGGAGCUGGACCUGGGUUGGAACAGACUCAGUGAGUUGCCUGAUGAAGUUUUUUCCGGGCUCAUCAACUUGCAGGAGCUUGACCUGCAAAUCAACGAUCUCAGCGAGUUGCCUGCUGAAGUCUUUUCCGGGCUCGGCAGGUUGCAGGAGCUCCACCUGGGGUACAACUCGCUCACUCGGUUGCAUGCUGGAGUCUUUUCAGGACUCAGCAACUUGCAGGAGCUGGACCUGGGGUCCAACAAGCUUAGUGAGCUACCUGCUGAAGUCUUUUCCGGGCUCAGCCAGUUGCAGAAGAUCAACCUGCAUUAUAACAAACUUAGUGAGUUGCCCGCUAAUAUCUUUUCCGGGCUCGGCAGGUUGGAGGAGCUGGACCUGAAGUUCAACAAGCUCAAUGAAUUGCCUGCUGAAGUCUUCUCAGGUCUCAGCAGCUUGCAGAAGCUCAACCUGGGGUACAACUCGCUCACUCGGUUGCAUGCGGGAGUCUUUUCAGGACUCAUCAACUUGCAGAAGCUCGACCUGACUGACAACUGGCUUAGUGAGCUACCUGCUGAAGUCUUCUCAGGGCUCAGAAAUUUGCAACAUCUCGACCUGGAGUACAACUCGCUCAGUAAGUUGCCUGCCGAAGUGUGGGCCAAUCUGUUUGCAGGGCUCAGCAAGUUGCAGGUGCUCUUUCUGAGUCACAACAAACUCGGCGAGUUACCCGCUCAAGUCUGGGCCAAUAUGUUUUCAGGGCUCAGAAGUUUGCAAGUUCUGAGCCUGGGGACCAACAAGCUCAGCAAGUUGUACAACAGGCUCGGCGAGUUGUCUUCUAAAGUCUGGUCCAAAUCGUUUGCAGAGCUCAGCCACUUGCAGAAUCUUGACUUGAGCAACAACGAUCUCAGCAAGUUGCAUGCUGGUGUCUUUUCCGGGCUCGGCAACCUGCAGUCCAAGGUGGCAGUGGCACCUGGCGCGCAACUGGAGAGACGUUCGCAGACCGAGGAAAAACUCACUGCAGCGGCUCGAACGCCCAGUACUGCGCGAUUGACGAGUUUCGAGAGUCGUGGGGUGAGGCUCGGUAUUCCAAGAGAAACCCGGGUCCACCUUCCCUGUCCCAGAGAGAUGUUGAGGUUUGACUGCCCCUCCUUUGUCUUGGGGCUCCUGUGCGGGAUUGCACUUUUCCUCUUCAUCGAGGCCUGGGUGACGCUCCGGUGGGCUGUGGUUUCCUGGCUUGAGCGGCCAGUGGAUCGACUGGUCGCGGACUUGCGAGAAGAGAUUGGGGAUUUGCGAGCCGAGCUGGCUCAACUGAGGCGUGAGGUACGUGAACUCCGCCGAGAAUACCGAGCGGACUCCAGAGCAUCUGGUGACUCGAGACUUGAGUCGCACGCUGGCAGCCGCACGGGCUACGGAUCUCCUACUCCCUCUUCCACAACUCGUGGUGGGCGGCAGUCUCCUGACCCUGAAAGGGACUACUCCGUGGUGGAUUCGGCACCGGCGGUUUCAGGCUCAGCUCCUGCCACGCCACUCACCUGGAUUGAGCGGGAGAAUAUCUGUGACAGGAUUGGCGAGUUCAUUUCCAAUUCGCUGCAAGGUCUUCAUCGAGGGACCAGUCAUCGAGAUCAGAUCCCUCUUCCCAGUCGUCUUUGGCUGAUCGUCAGGGACUACCAGGGUCAGAUCUAUACCCCGGUGAAGGUCGUCAAGAGUUGGACGAGCUGCAAGGCAUUGGUGAAACGUCCUGGAGGGGGCGAGUGUGGGGAUAGCAUCUUCGUGGGAUUGCCUUCAGAACGCGAGGCGCGGCGUGAUCGAGCAAUGAGUGUCUUCCGACAGCCUCCUUGGCUCUCGGAUAGACCGCCUCUGGUAUUCGCUGGGGGCUCAGUUUUGAGCGAUUACCCCGUGUGCCUCUGGGUUCUUGAUCCAGAGGAGGGUGGCACUACGAGUUUGCAGGUAAUUCAGAUUUGCUAUUUGGAAGGAAAAGUUUUGGUGGCUGUUCCGUUUGCGGUCUGGCACAAAGCUGUCAACAGGCGCAUCCUACCACCUUCAUCAUUGACGAGACCUACGUUGAUCGAGGUUCAAGCAGCGUCAGCAGACGACCGAAGUGUCGCUGAGGGCGAUUUUUAUUUAAAACUAUGGGUUGGCUUUCUUCGGGACACCUAUGCGGAUCAGCUGGAGAUUUUCGAGGAGUGCGAUUGUGAGUUCUUUUUCGAUGAGGAGCUCCAGACGCGGCUUCCCCUUGCUCACGCGCUGGUGGAGAUCUCUCAGGAGCACUUCGCCUUCUUCUCAGCAGAUGGCACGGAUGGGGCCCCUUUGACGGCUUCUGAGCAGAUGGCAGCCGGCUUAGAGGACGAAGAAGAACUGGCGGAUGCUGGUUCCCCUACUGCAAAGCGGCUUCAGCGGUUGGAGGAGACCAUGGUUGACAUCUCCUCUCAGCUAAAGCAGAUGGUGAAGCCCAAAGCUUCAGCCGCCGGCCCAAAACGCAAAGCCAAAGCGAAAGCUUCUGCUCCGUUGAAGGCGAGGGAAAAAGCUGCUGGUGGGACUACAAGCCCGGGAGACCUUCGUGCUCAGUUCCCUCUUUUGGAUGGGGGCGUGGCGCAAGCGGCGCUACAAGCAGGCAUUCCGAGGUCGAGCUUGGAGCAGAUGCAGCACUUGAUGAUGCGAGGAAAACCUGGGGCCCAGAUGAAGGACCUCAACUCCAAGGUCCAGCCGGAUCCUUUGUCUGAAGACGAGCCAACUGCUGGGGAGGAUAUGCCGGACCCCGACGCUGCUGGAUUGGCAGAGCCUCGGGACCCAGUGGCAUCGACCCUCGACAAGCUGGCGGCGAUUGUGGAGAUCCUGACAGAGGACAGGAAGAAGAAACAGGCGGCUUCGAGGCUGGACGCCGCCUUGGAUGGCACCUACGCCUCGUCCAGCGAUGCUCCCCUCACCGGGGCUGGCAAGAAAGCGGCCGCGGCUAGAAGGGCCUUGAUGGCCGCCUACGAUGAUCAGCCUCACGAGAUCUCCAACUUGAUCGAGCGCCAGAUGUUCGAAGAUCUGAACUGCCUGACUUUGGGGCCGGGCAUGGCAGCAAAGGGACUGAAUGCGAGGGCUUGGGUGGAGUUCCGCUCAAAGGUGGGCAACUAUAGGACCAGUGUUUACUCAUCAUGGAGUGUUGCAGGAAUAUUGGACAGCUUGAUUUCUGGCAAUGUGGCAAAGGCGAGGGCGAGGGCAUGUGUUUUGCUGCUCAUGCUGGAUCAGGCCAGCAUUGACAAAGGAAGCUGGACGCUAGCAGGUGAGCUGGCAUUAGAACCGCCCCCACCGUUCUCUUCCUUUUCCCAGCAUCAAGCUCCUGCUAUUCAUGAUGGCGAAAGCCCCUUUUCAAAGUUGCUCGAUCCACGCUGGGCGGAGCUUGCCAUGACUCACCUCAAAGACACCGAGGAUUACCUCAGCAAGAGACGAGCACUGGGUCGCCCCGGCACUCGGCGAGAGCUGAAUUUGCAUGAACGGGAGGUGGGACGCUCCGAUGAUGGGCAUCUAGUACACUGCCCUUGGUUCCGGAGCUUCUACCAUAAGGGCCCUGGCCCUGACCGUAUUGGUUCUACGUUGACCUCAAGCUCUACCUGGCCUACGCCUGUUCCUUACCCUGAAGUCUCCUCCGCCGGGGGAGUGGUGGUGCUCAGCUGGCUUGCUUUGGGUUGUCCGGAAGCAGUACUGAUAUCUCUGCGGCUGGGAGCAUCAUUGACUUCACGGCAGUGGUCAGCAGUUAGAAAUUUGGAGCACCUUGGGGUUGAUGGCAGCAUUCUUGAAUUUGAUUAUGCCGUCGACAUGGUGCGAGUGGCCGUGGGGCGCUCUCCGUGUGUUGCGGAGCCCAAUGCGAAGCCGCUGGUGGCUGAUCGCUUGUCCUUUUCUUUGCGCCCCACUUGUGACCUCUUGCCCCUUUUCGACGACAGCACCUCUGAGCUCUACAAGCAUCCUUUGUCGAAGGGCCGCGAUCGCGAUAGCCUUCCAGUCCCUCCGCCGGUUCAAGUUUGUGCAUCACCCAACGAGAAGUUUAACCUUUUCAAGAAGGUGGCUGUGUCUGGAUGGCUGAAGCCUGUCCCUGAGGGCAGCUCUUUGAGCAACUACAGACAUGGCCUUUUUGCGGUGCCAAAACAUGGGCUGAGGGAUCGAAUGGUCUUGGACAGCUGGCCCGCCAACCUUGCCGACCCUAGGCAGACUAAGGUAGCAAUUGGCCUAUCCCUCCUGGCAAUGGGCGACACCUGUGCAGUUGAGUAUGCUCAACGCUUGCUUCACGUUGGGAUCAUCGUGGACGAUUUGGCGCUUUUGGGAAGGGUCUUGCUAACUGACUAUGCGGCCUAUGCUCACCCUGGCCUGGAAAAUAAUCACAAGAAAGCUUUUGAAGGUGUUAUGGGGAGCAGUUGUGGAGAGCCGAUGGACUUACGAGAGAUACGGUUCCCCUUCCACCUGAUUGUCGCUGCCUUUUGGUGGGACCAGUUGUGUGCGGGAGACCACUCCGUGUUUGAUGCUGGCAUGAUAGCUGUUGGCGCGACCAACCAUGCAGAUGACAUUCCAUAUGAUGAUGUUGUAGGGUCUGCUGAGCUUGACCUUGCCCCGAAUCGGGCUGUCAAUGCUCGGGUCUUUCUCUCCGAGCGCAACAUGGGCAAGGCAGCAGAGAUGGCCGAAGUUUCGCUCUUCAAGGGGCCUCUGUCGGCUGAUGGGGUCACCUUGUGCCAGCAUGCUGACUGGAGCAGGACUGAGAAGCUCAACGUGGCUGAUGGUUCGAAGACAGGCAAUUCACGGGUGGGCGAGACAAAGAACCCUAGGGUCGCAUAUUUGCUCUUGGGCAAGACCUUCAAGAACCUUGAGUAUGACCUGUCCACUCUCACCCGCGGGACCGUUCUCCCUAGUGACGGUGUGGUUGCAGCUACUUCCCUGUGGAGUUCUAUGUCCUUGCAGGCUCCUACAUGCUCCAUCGGCAACUUCUUGGCCGCUUACGUCAUGGAGCAGCUUCUGCAGUUGGAUGUGGCGAACCGCCGCCGACAGUGUCCUGUUGGUGUGGUUGCAGCUACUUCCCUGUGGAGUUCUAUGUCCUUGCAGGCUCCUACAUGCUCCAUCGGCAACUUCUUGGCCGCUUACGUCAUGGAGCAGCUUCUGCAGUUGGAUGUGGCGAACCGGACUGCAAAGUGGUUGUGGUUCUUUUCCUUGACCGCGUGGGCCGUGUUUACUGCGUUGGUUCUUUUGGAGGUGCUGCCCAAUUUGACUCGCUGCCUCAUGUCGGUCUCUGUGGAUAUUCCUGGACAUGGUCACUUUGAUAUCAAACUGACUGCUUCGAGCACCGCUGCUGACAUUAUUUUACUGCUACGUGAGCGUUUGCCAGACAGCCCAUGGCAUGGGAACAAGUUGCUGUCAAGUGGGGUCUGCCAGCUACAGUGCGAUGACAUUGUGGAGGCAACCCGCCACAGCACUUUAGUCUUGACAAACUACUCAGAGAUCACCAACCAGGAGACUUUCUGCAUCAAAGAUACUGCAGAGCGAGGGAUCACGCGCGAGCAAUUGGCAAAGAUCGUUGUUUUCAUCUCCAAGAUGGCUGACAGAUGGUGCGACGGCUAUGCGAAAAAGGGCUGCAGCAUGGUAGAGCUCAUGGCGAUUCAAGUUCAGAGACCUCAUUGGUUUGUGUCACAUGCUUGGAUCGAGCCUGUUUGUAAGUUUCUGGCCUGCUUGGAGCAGCAUGCUCUGGUGCGAGAACUCUCAAGCAGUACAUUCUAUUGGGUCUGUGCAUAUGCCAACAACCAGCACUGCGUGGAAGAGGAUAUCAAAAGCAACCCACGCAGCACUUCAUUCUACAGAGCUAUGCAGAUGUCUGAGGGAGUUCUUUUGGUGCUGGAUUCAGCUGGAACGUAUUCGCCCUGUUUGCUUGUCACGAUCAUUGCUCUAUUGCUUUCAACGCACUUCUACCCGAUUCACAAGGAUGAUUUCGGAUGCUUUCCCUGCCGCUGUCUGCAAAAAGAAGAUGGUGCAAAACACCUUGCGAGCUGCAACCUUGUAGGCGUUCUUCGCCUCAAAGAUGUGAGUUUGAGUGAGCAGGACAUCACAAGUGUUGCAGAGGAUGCCUUCACCUCUUCAUGGGGCUUGCAACGGUUAUCGCUCUCUGGGAAUCGGUUGUCUGUUUUGCCUAAGAAGCUGUUCGCUCCUUUGGACAAUCUGCAACUCUUGGACCUGGGCCGCUUGGGUUUGCAACAGGUGGAGUCAGACACGUUUGCCGGCUUGUCAAACUUGAAAAUCUUGUCACUGAGCCAAAACCAAUUGAAGGUGUUGCCAGAAGACUUGCUGCGCCCGAUGCCAGCCUUGGAGAAAUUCUUGCUGGGGGGUAAAUCUGAUGAGAAGGACGACCGGAUCGUUGAUGGAAACUGGCUGAGCGUACUUCCGCAAGAGCUUUUGCAGCACUGCCCCCUGCUACAAGUUCUUGAUCUCAGCCAAAACUUGUUGACCUCGCUGCCAAAUCACAUCUUUGAUAAGACUCCUUUGCUGCAGGCCCUCGACCUUGGCUCAAACAAGCUGACUGAAUUGCCAGGCAAAAUCUUUUCAGGGCUCAACAGACUCCAGAAGCUGGACCUGAGUUGGAACACUCUCAGUGAGUUGCCUGCUGAAGUCUUUUCAGGGCUCAACAACCUCCAGGAGCUCCAGAUAAACUCUAACAAGAUCUGGGCGUUGCCUCCUGAAGUCUUUUCAGGACUCAGCAACUUGAGGGAGCUCAACCUGCGAUACAACCUUAAGCUCAGUGAGUUGCCUGCUGAAGUCUUUUCACAACUCACCAACUUGCAGAAGCUUUACUUGGAUCAAAACGAGCUCAGUGAGCUGCCUGCUGAAGUCUUUUCCGGGCUCAUCAAUUUGCAGGAGCUUGACCUGCAUUCCAACGAUCUCAGCGAUUUGCCUGCUGAAGUCUUUGCAGGACUCAGCAAGUUGCAGAUUCUCAACCUGGGGUACAACUCGCUCACUCGGUUGCAUGCGGGAGUCUUUUCAGGACUCAGCAACUUGCAGGAGCUUGAAUUGUAUGAAAACGAGCUCAGUGAGCUGCCUGCUGAUCUCUUUUCAGGACUCAGAAAGUUGCAACAUCUCAACCUGGGGGCCAACAAGCUCAGUAAGUUGCCUGCCGAAGUGUGGGCCCAUCUCUUCGCAGGUCUUAGCAACUUGCGGUGGCUGAGCCUGAAGUCCAACAAACUCAGUGUGUUGCCUGCUGAAGUCUUUUCCGGGCUCGGCAGGUUGCAGGAGCUCGACCUGAGUUACAGCUCGCUCAGUGAGCUACCUGCUGAAGUCUUUUCCGGGCUCGGCAGGUUGCAGGAGCUCGACCUGGGUUCCAACUCGCUGAACGAGUUGCCUCUGGAAGUCUGGGAUAAUCUGUUUGCAGGGCUCGGCCACUUGCAGUCCAAGGUGGCAGUGGCACGUGGCGCGCAACUGGAGAGACGUUCGCACACCGAGGCAUCGGAAUGUCCAGUCGAAGUCAUCACAGGUAUCAAAGUCUUCAGUCGAAGUCUUCAUGAAGCUUUCGGUUCUGGUGUGAUCUCUGUAAGUGUUCAACCUCCAUUGAAAAACUCACUGCGGGAGCGGCUCGAACGCCCAGCACUGCGCAACGAGUUUCGAGAGUCGUGGGGUGAGGCUCGGUAUUCGAAGAGAAACCCGGGUCCACCUUCCCUGUCCCAGAGAGAUGUUGAGGACCUCCCUGCAGUGGUCCUGGAAGAGUGUGGAUUCGCUGCCUCAAUGUCGGUCUCUGUGGAUAUUCCUGGACAUGGUUGCUUUGAUAUCAAACUGACUGCUUCGAUCACCGCUGCUGACAUUAUUUUACUGCUACGUGAGCGUUUGCCAGACAGCCCAUGGCAUGGGAACAAGUUGCUGUCAAGUGGGGUCUGCCAGCUACAGUGCGAUGACAUUGUGGAGGCAACCCACCACAGCACGUUGGUCUUGACAAACUACUCAGAGAUCACCAAUCAGGAGACUUUCUGCAUCAAAGAUACUGCAGAGCGAGGGAUCACGCGCGAGCAAUUGGCAAAGAUCGUUGUUUUCAUCUCCAAGAUGGCUGACAGAUGGUGCGAGACUUUCGGAGAACAGCGUGGGACAAGGCUGCAGUUUGAGACCUUCAACCUGUAUGAUGCGAAUCAUUGGAUCAUCAAACCAGACGGCUAUGCGAAAAAGGGCUGCAGCAUGGUAGAGCUCAUGGCGAUUCAAGUGCAGAGACCUCACUGGUUUGUGUCACAUGCUUGGAUCGAGCCUGUUUGUAAGUUUCUGGCCUGCUUGGAGCAGCAUGCUCUGGUGCGAGAACUCUCAAGCAGUACAUUCUAUUGGGUCUGUGCAUAUGCCAAUAACCAGCACUGCGUGGAAGAGGAUAUCAAAAGCAACCCGCGCAGCACUUCAUUCUACAGAGCUAUGCAGAUGUCUGAGGGAGUUCUUUUGGUGCUGGAUUCAGCUGGAACGUAUUCGCCCUGUUUGCUUGUAACGAUCAUUGCUCUAUUGCUUUCAACGCACUUCUACCCGAUUCACAAGGAUGACUUCGGAUGCUUUCCGUGUCGCUGUCUGCAAAAAGAAGAUGGCGCAAAGCACCUUGCAAGUUGCAGCCUUAUAGGCAUUCUUCGCCUCAAAGAUGUGAGUUUGAGUGAGCAAAGCAUCACAAGUAUUGCCGAGGAUGCCUUUACCUCCUUAACAAGCUUGCAACGGUUAUCGCUCUCUGGCAAUCGGUUGUCAUUUUUACCUGAGAAGGUGUUCGCUCCUUUGGACAGCUUGCAAUUGCUGGACUUGGGCCGCUUGGGUUUGCAACAGGUGGAGUCAGACACGUUUGCCGGCUUGUCAAGUUUGAGAAUCUUGUCCCUCAGCCAAAAUCAUUUGAAGGUGCUGCCAGAAGACUUGCUGCGCCCCAUGCCAGCCCUGGAGAAAUUCUUGCUCGGGGGGAAAACUGAUAAGGGCAAACGCAUCGUUGAUGGAAACGAGCUGAGCAUACUUCCGCAAGACCUUUUGCAGCACAGCCCGCGGCUACAAGUUCUCGAUCUGAGCGAAAACACGUUGAGCUCACUGCCACACAACGUCCUUGAUAAACUUCCUUUGUUGGAGACCCUCGACCUUGGUUCAAACAUUCUGACUGAUUUGCCAGGCAAAAUCUUUGAUAAGACUCCUUUGCUGCAGACGCUCGACCUUGGUUUAAACAGGCUGACUGAUUUGCCAGGCAAAAUCUUUGAUAAGACUCCUUUGUUGGAGACCCUCGACCUUGGUUCAAACAAGCUGACUGAUUUGCCAGGCAAAAUCUUUUCAGGGCUCAGCAAAUUGCAGAAGCUGUACUUGAGCGAAAACGAGCUCAGUGAGCUACCUGCUGAAGUCUUUUCAGGGCUCAUCAAUUUGCAGGAGCUGUACUUGAGCGAAAACGAGCUCAGUGAGCUACCUGCUGAAGUCUUUGCAGGACUUAGCAACUUGCAAGAGCUCGACCUGAGGUCCAACAAACUCAGUGAGUUGCCUUCUGAAGUCUGGGCCAAUCUGUUUGCAGGGCUCAGCAAACUGCAGGAGCUGGACCUGGAAUGGAACAGACUCAGCGAGUUGCCUGCUGAAGUCUUCUCAGGUCUCAGCAAGUUGCAGAAGCUCAACCUGGUUUACAACUCGCUCAGUAAGUUGCCUGCCGAAGUGUGGGCCCAUCUCUUCGCAGGUCUUAGCAACUUGCGGGAGCUCAAUCUGAGGUCCAACAGUCUCGGCGAGUUGCCUUCUAAAGUCUGGUCCAAAUCAUUUGCAGGGCUCAGCCAGUUGCAGGUGCUUUACUUGGGCGGAAACGAUCUCAGCAAGUUGCAUGCUGAAGCCUUUUCCACGCUGGGAAACCUGCAAAAACUUGUCCUCGAUAGGUGCAGGCUGAAUGAGUUGCCUCUGGAAGUCUGGGCCAAUCUCUUUGCAGGGCUCAACAAACUGCAGGAGCUGGACCUGAGUUACAACGAACUCAGUGAGUUGCCUGAUGAAGUUUUUUCCGGGCUCAUCAACUUGCAGGAGCUUGACCUGCAUCACAACGAUCUCAGUGAGUUGCAUGCUGGAGUCUUCUCAGGUCUCAGCAGCUUGCAGAAACUCAACCUGGGGGAAAACUCGCUCACUCGGUUGCAUGCGGGAGUCUUUUCAGGGCUCAGCCACUUGCAGGAGCUUGACUUGGGCGAAAACGAUCUCAGUGAGUUGCAUGCUGAAGUCUUCUCAGGGCUCAGCAACUUGCAGAAACUCAACCUGGGGGAAAACUCGCUCACUCGGUUGCAUGCGGGAGUCUUUUCAGGGCUCAGCCACUUGCAGGAGCUUGACUUGGGCGAAAACGAUCUCAGUGAGUUGCAUGCUGAAGUCUUCUCAGGGCUCAGAAAGUUGCAAGAUCUCAACCUGGGGACCAACAGGCUCAGUAAGUUGCCUGCUGAAGUGUGGCCCGAUCUCUUCGCAGGUCUUAGCAACUUGCGGAAGCUGAACCUGAGGUCCAACAGGCUCGGCGAGUUGUCUUCUAAAGUCUGGUCCAAAUCGUUUGCAGGGCUCAGCCACUUGCUGGAGCUUUACUUGGGCGGAAACGAUCUCAGCAAGUUGCAUGCUGAAGCCUUUUCCACGCUGGGCAACCUGCAGAAGCUUGUCCUGGAUGAGAACAGGCUCAAUGAGUUGCCUGUUGAGAUCUGGGCCAAUCUCUUCGCAGGUCUUAGCAACUUGCGGAAGCUGAACCUGAGGUCCAACAGGCUCGGCGAGUUGUCUUCUAAAGUCUGGUCCAAAUCAUUUGCAGGGCUCAGCCACUUGCUGGAGCUUUACUUGGGCGGAAACGAUCUCAGCAAGUUGCAUGCUGAAGCCUUUUCCACGCUGGGCAACCUGCAGAAGCUUGUCCUGGAUGAGAACAGGCUCAAUGAGUUGCCUGUUGAGAUCUGGGCCAAUCUGUUUGCAGGUCUUAGCAACUUGCGGAAGCUGAACCUGAGGUCCAACAGGCUCGGCGAGUUGUCUUCUAAAGUCUGGUCCAAAUCAUUUGCAGGGCUCAGCCACUUGCAGGAGCUUGACUUGGGCGGAAACGAUCUCAGUAAGUUGCCUGCUGGAGUCUUUUCAGGACUCAGCAACUUGCAGAUUCUCAACCUGGGGUACAACAAACUCAGUGAGUUGCCUGCUGAAGUCUGGGCCCAUCUGUUUACGGGGCUCGACAACUUGAGGUCCAAGGUGGCAGUGGCACCUGGCGCACAACUGGAGAGAUGUUCGCACACCGAGGCAUCGGAAUGUCCAGUCGAAGUCAUCACAGUUAUGAAAACUUCCACCACCAAGGAAAAGACAGACUCUGAAGGGAGCAGAACAGAAGUUGUUUGUUUGAAAACGUUGAAAGAAGUUGCUGAGACAGGUGUACACUGCCAUUCGGCACGCUGCGCCUUGGACCAGGCACCAAUGGCUCCAAAUGAGAACAUCACGCCGAGAAUUUUCGAGAAGUUCACGGCAGCUGCUCGAAUGCCCAGCACUGCGCGACGAGUUUCGAGAGUCGUGGGGACUCGCUGCCUCAUGUCGGUUUCUGUGGAUAUUCCUGGACAUGGUCACUUUGAUAUCAAACUGACUGCUUCGAGCACCGCUGCUGACAUUAUUUUACUGCUACGUGAGCGUUUGCCAGACAGCCCAUGGCAUGGGAACAAGUUGCUGUCAAGUGGGGUCUGCCAGCUACAGUGCGAUGACAUUGUGGAGGCAACCCGCCACAGCACUUUAGUCUUGACAAACUACUCAGAGAUCACCAACCAGGAGGCUUUCUGCAUCGAAGAUACUGCAGAGCGAGGGAUCACGCGCGAGCAAUUGGCGAAGAUCGUUGUUUUCAUCUCCAAGAUGGCUGACAGAUGGUGCGAGACUUUCGGAGAACAGCGUGGGACAAGGCUGCAGUUUGAGACCUUCAACCUGUAUGAUGCGAAUCACUGGAUCAUCAAACCAGAGCCUGUUUGUAAGUUUCUGGCCUGCUUGGAGCAGCAUGCUCUGGUGCGAGAACUCUCAAGCAGUACAUUCUAUUGGGUCUGUGCAUAUGCCAAUAACCAGCACUGCGUGGAAGAGGAUAUCAAAAGCAAUCCACGCAGCACUUCAUUCUACAGAGCUAUGCAGAUGUCUGAGGGAGUUCUUUUGGUGCUGGAUUCAGCUGGAACGCCUUUCGAAGCGCAGCCAUGGGAUGGUGAGUUCAGGUAUUCGCCCUGUUUGCUGGUCACGAUCAUUGCUCUGCUGCUUUCGUCACACUUCUACCCGAUUCACACGGCUGAUUUCGGAUGCUUUCCGUGUCGCUGUCAGGAAAAGGACUAUGGUGCAAAGCACCUCGCGAACUGCCACCUUGUAGGCAUUCUUCGCCUCAAAGAUGUGAGCUUGAGUGGGCAGGACAUCACAAGUGUUGCAGAGGAUGCCUUCACCUCUUCAUGGGGCUUGCAACGGUUGUCGCUCUCUGGCAAUCGGUUGUCUGUUUUGCAACAAAAUGUAUUCUCCCCGUUGGAGAGCCUGCAACUCUUGGACCUGGGCCGCUUGGGUUUGCAACAGGUGGAGUCAGACACGUUUGCCGGCUUGUCAAACUUGAAAAUCUUGUCACUGAGCCAAAACCAAUUGAAGGUGUUGCCAGAAGACUUGCUGUGCCCGAUGCCAGCCUUGGAGAAAUUCUUGCUGGGGGGGAACACUGAUGAGACGGGCUAUCACUUCCUUGAUGGAAACCAGCUGACCCUACUUCCGCAAGAGCUUUUGCAGCACACCCCGCGGCUACAAGUUCUCGAUCUGAGCGAAAACAAGUUGAGCUCACUGCCAAAUGGCAUCUUUGAUAAGACUCCUUUGUUGCGGACCCUCGACCUUGGUUCAAACAAGCUGGCUGAUUUGCCAGGCGAAAUCUUUUCAGGACUCAGCAAACUGCAGGAGCUCGUCCUGCGUUCGAACGAACUCAGCGAGUUGCCUGUUGAAGUCUGGGCCAAUCUGUUUUCAGGGCUCAGAAAUUUGCAAGAUCUCGACCUGGGGUACAACAAACUCGGCCAGUUGCCUUCUGCAGUUUGGUCCAAAUCGUUUGCAGGGCUCAGCAACUUGCAGAUUCUCAACCUGAGGUCCAACAAACUCAGUGAGUUGCCUGCUGAAGUCUUUGCAGGACUCAGCAACUUGCAGAUUCUCAACCUGAGGUCCAACAAACUCAGUGAGUUGCCUUCUGAAGUCUGGGCCAAUCUGUUUUCAGGGCUCAGAAAUUUGCAAGAUCUCGACCUGGGGUACAACAAACUCGGCCAGUUGCCUGCUGAAGUCUUUGCAGGACUCAGCAACUUGCAGGAUCUCAACCUGAGGUCCAACAAGCUCAGUGAGUUGCCUGCCGAAGUGUGGGCCCAUCUCUUCGCAGGUCUUAGCAACUUACGGACGCUGAACCUGUGGGACAACAAACUCGGCGAGUCGCCUUCUGAAGUCUGGUCCAAAUCGUUUGCAGAGCUCAGCCACUUGCAGGAGCUUUGGUUGGGCAGAAACGAUCUCAGUGAGUUGCAUGCUGGAGUCUUCUCAGGUCUCAGCAGCUUGCAGAAGCUCAUCCUGGGGUACAACUCGCUCACUCGGUUGCAUGCUGGAGUCUUUUCAGGACUCAGUAACUUGCAGGAGCUUUACCUGCGGUCGAACUUGCUCAGUGAAUUGCCUGCUGAAGUCUGGGCCAAUCUCUUUGCAGGGCUCAGCAACUUGCAAGAGCUCAACCUGAGGUCCAACAAACUCGGCGAGUUGCCUUCUGAAGUCUGGUCCAACUUAUUUGCAGAGCUCAGCCACUUGCAGGAGCUUGACUUGGGCAGAAACGAUCUCAGCAAGUUGCAUGCUGAAGCCUUUUCCACGCUGGGCAACCUGCGAAAACUUGACCUCGAUGGGUGCAGGCUGAAUGAGUUACCUGUCGAAGUCUGGGAUCAUCUGUUUGCAGGGCUCGGCCACUUGCAGGAGCUCGACCUGAGUUACAACAAACUCGGCGAGUUGCCUUCUGAAGUCUGGUCCAACUUAUUUGCAGAGCUCAGCCACUUGCAGGAGCUUGACUUGGGCAGAAACGAUCUCAGCAAGUUGCAUGCUGAAGCCUUUUCCACGCUGGGCAACCUGCGAAAACUUGACCUCGAUAGGUGCAGGCUGAAUGAGUUACCUGUCGAAGUCUGGGAUCAUCUGUUUGCAGGGCUCGGCCACUUGCAGGAGCUCGACCUGAGUUACAACAAACUCGGCGAGUUACCCGCUCAAGGCUGGGUCAAUAUGUUUUCAGGGCUCGGAAGCCUGCAAGAGCUUUGGCUAAACGGCAAUGAUCUCAGUGAGUUGCAUGACGAAGUAUGGACCAAUAUGCUGUCAGAACUCGACCAGUUGCAGAAGCUUGUGCUUUUCGGUAACGGUCUUAACGAGUUGCCGGCAAUUUGUUCAGCUAUAAAGUGCUUAGGCAGCGCUACGAGUAGCGGAGUGCGCGCUUUUGACGGAGGGCGCCCCAGGCAGCGAGACGAGCUGAGAUGGUCCGAUAUGGUCCGGCUGAAAACCACACAGCUCUUAAGGCGACUCGUGGAGCUGUUGAAUUGGAUAGCGAGGACACCGGCUCAGCUUUUGGAAGGGACCGAGUCUUGGAACUUGGCGAUUCGCUGCCUCAUGUCGGUCUCUGUGGAUAUUCCUGGACAAGGUUACUUUGAUAUCAAACUGACUGCUUCGAGCACCGCUGCUGACAUUAUUUUACUGCUCCGUGAGCGUUUGCCAGACAGCCCAUGGCAUGGGAACAAGUUGCUGUCAAGUGGGGUCUGCCAGCUACAGUGCGAUGACAUUGUGGAGGCAACCCGCCACAGCACUUUAGUCUUGACAAACUACUCAGAGAUCACCAACCAGGCUUUCCAGAAAGACAUGCCGAUGAAGCCGCUGGAGCCGAUGGAGCCGUUGAGGCCGAUGCAGGCCGAUGAGGCCGAUGAGGCCGAUGAGGCCGAUGGAGCCGCUGGAGCCGCUGGAGCCGAUGACACCGAUGAGGCCGAUGGAGCCGAUGAAGCCGAUGGAGUAGGGGAACAGUCGGCCACUGAACAGGCGCCUUUGUGCAUUGAGAACAUGUGA